AUGUCGAGCGCAGCGGUGUCAACAGGCAACCGCGUUGCUCAGAUCAUCGUGAUCACUGCCGUCAUCAGCGUCUUAUACCAGCUCUUCACUCGUCCAGCUGUAGUGCUCACUCCGUCACCACCUUCUACUGCGUCUCCGCUGGUUUCUGGUUAUCGCAAAGGCGAAGACUCGCGUCGUUUCACGUCGUCCGAGAUCACUGGCUUUUUGCUUUUCCUUGGACUCUUCGGGCUGCUUCAGCACAAGAAACAGCAGGACAAAAAGGCAGAUAGCGAGGCCGAACAGAAGCUGAUCGCCAGAUUAGUGCUUAACCAGAGGAAUAGCCUCAAGAACGGGGUCUCCAAGACUUCCGGUACGCCUGUGACCAAUUUGCCGCACGACAUCCUACACGAGCUGCUGCUGUUCUUGUCUCCAAAAGAUUUAGCCACGUGCCCCAUGGUAUGCAAAGCUUGGGAGCUCAAUAUAGGAGACACCGUCGAGACACUCUGGAGACGCGUAUUUCAAAGAGACUUCCACGAACCUGGGGACAGGUUCGCUCAGGUCUUCUCCAUUGAGAGUUGGCGGCAAUUUUACUUCCAACACCACUUAUCACGAGCUGUAGAGCUUACGAGGUUACUGGGUAUUACAGACAACCGCAAGUGUGUGGCUAUUGAAGGUCAGGUAUACGAUGUCACGGACUUCCUCGACCUGCAUCCCGGCGGACCCCAUGUGAUCGAAGACGCGGUGGGCACAGAUGCUACGGCAAUAUGGGAUCAAUUCCGCCAUUCAGAUGAAGCCAAGGAGAGCAUGCAACAGUUUUUGGUGUACGACCAUGUGCUUGCUCGGCCAGAGAGUGAAAAGCUACGGGGAAAUCUAGAGGCAGUCUUGACUCGCUGGCGUAAAAUAUCGUGGGCGUUGUCCCAGUCGCAUUGCUUUGGACGCAUGGCGCCACAGCUCACCAACGCUGUUUUUCGCUUCCAUUUGCGAGGUGUUACUAGUAAAAAACAUGAUUAA